CGGGGGGGCGGGCGGGCCGGUGCCCGGCUCCAGGCUGUCAUUUGUCGUUAUAUUUAGCGGCGCUGGCCGGCCCGCGGGACGGGGGGAGGGCGGCGGGCGCUAUAAGCGGCCUGGGGCGCCCACCCUCGGAGUGGAGUCUGCGCGAGGCUGAGACGGCGCUGGAACCCAUGGACACGUCGUACCCACGCGAGGACCCCCGGGCCCCCCGCAAGGCGGACGGCGCCGCCCACACAGCCCUUGCGCUGGGGACGCCGCGCCCCCCGCCUCGGGACCACCUGAUCUGGUCGGUGUUCAGCACCCUCUACCUGAACCUGUGCUGCCUCGGCUUCCUGGCGCUCGCCUACUCCAUCAAGGCCCGAGACCAGAAGGUGGCCGGAGACCUGGAGGCAGCCCGGCGUCUCGGCUCCAGAGCCAAGUGCUACAACAUCCUGGCCACCAUGUGGACCCUGGUGCCCCCUCUGCUGCUCCUGGCACUGGUGGUGACUGGCGCCCUGCACCUGUCCCGGCUGGCCAAGGACUCUGCUGCCUUCUUCAGCACCAAGUUCGACGACUCAGACUAUGACUGAGGGGCUGCACCCUGUCCCUGUCCUGACCCAGGGACCCCAGUCCCCAGGGUGCUGCCCCAGGGGCUCCAUC